AUGCUCACCCACGCCCCGGCCACCGGACUCGCACGGAACCGCCGCAGGAUCCUCCCCUCUCCCUCCGCGCCCCAGAGGCGCUCGCUCCCAGCUCGGACCCCUGAUCGCAACCCCGGCCCUACGGGCACCUCGGGGCGCCUCGGCUCCCAGGAUCGCGGCCGUUCCUGCUCCCAGCGGCGGCAGGACUGGGGGCGCCAGAGGAAGCGACCGCUCCCGCUGAGCUCCCCGGCCCUGCUCCCCGAACACGCUCGGGGCGCCCCCUACCUUCGGAUCGGCGUGGGAGAGGAGCCACCCCUGGGCACCCGGUCUCCGGGGUAG